AUGCACGACUCGCGGCGGCGAACCCAGGCUCCGCUCGGUCUGCUUCGCCAAGUCCGCCAAUUGUUUCCUGCGCUGCUUUCGUGCGGCCCAUCAUCGAAGUGUCCGCACCGCCAAUGCCAGGGGAAGCAUCCGCUGCCGGGGGUGAUGACCACCACCCAUCUCAGCCACCAGAUCGUGGCGUCCGGCUCGUCUAUUGUUAGUGCCGGCCCGGCUCAGCGCCGUUCAGGACGGAUGGAAAACCGGGGCCCAGGAAUUUGGAAUGAGGUUUGGGUGAGUUGGUGGAGGCGCCACACCGACGACAUCUGUCCUGCCUUGCCUGGCUCUUUUGUCCCGUCCUCGCCGCCGAUGCCACCACGCGCCUGUACGCAUGUUGGCCAGCGCAACCUCGCUCAGCGGCGACGAGCCAGAACUUCAGGGGCAUGGGUCGUUCAGCAGCGGUCGUGA